AUGGAUUUCAAUUCCCGACUCGGUGAUGUGCGCCGACUGAGUGAGCAGGCCGUGCUAGACCAUAUCAACGAUUGCACUAGGUCCAGACAAUAUCCUGCACAGAAGCUCAGACGAUUAGGGAGCCUCUUGGAGGUUUCUGAGCAUGUCCUCGCCUGCCAAGCCUUCUUCCAAGGUUUUAUCUUUCCUGAGAAGGACGGCUUCACAGUGACAUGCUAUUUGGCCCGCGACCCUAAACCUUUCUAUGGGGUGAUGGUAACUAGGAAGAUGCCCGAUACAGGCGAAGAGGAGUGCAUCAUAGUCAUCGCCCCAAGCAAUGAACACAUGCAAAAAGAGGCUGCAGACUCCACCACUAAUCACAGCAACGACAAGUAUCGCACGACUCUUUCGUACAAAUUGUCCACGUCCACCGACCUCGAGGCCCUCGUACAGGAGCUGCGACCAUUGCGACGAUUCUGGCGCCUUCAUGCCGAGCAGUCCGCUACUUGGAAAGAGAUUAAGCGCAAGCACUUCCCCUCAUCUCUAACUGACACCACCAAACAGAAGAAGAGGGCUGUUCGGGCUAGAAGCAAAUGGUGGGAUACGCGUGGCCGGAGAGCCGUAAUGGCCGGGAUGGCCGCUCCCUAUGUACCGCUUGUCGCCCCCAUAGAAACCCACCACUUCGCCCUACUGGCUUGGUUCGUGCGUCUCCGGGCCUUAUUUCCUGCCUCUGACGGCUUUGUCUACUCCUUCUUCCAGUACGGCGUCGGCAAAGACCAGUCAGACGAGGAGGCAAGGAAGAGAUACAAGUGUAUUCGAAUCGGCAAGAAAAGGCCACUCGAUCUCGUUGCACAGCAGCAGGUCUGGUGCACCGAGGCUGAGGUGCUGUGUCAGACCGGUCGGCCGGCUUACCUCGCCACCAUCGAGCCCGCGUCGGGGGAACUCACGGUCUAUGAGAUUCCGGACCCGCUGGGGCCUUUUCUUCCUGUUCAGCGGUGCUUUCUGACUUCCUGUAACACAAGCAGUGUCUCGGAGCGGCUGCAUACACGCCUCUAUCUCAAGGAGGUCUUCAAUAAGAUCACCAGAGAUCGAGUUCGGUUUGUGGAGCCAGAGGUUGAGCCAGUUGGGAAGCGAGAACGCUAUGCCGCAAAGAUCAAGUCGCUGAUGGAGCUUUCAUAG